AUGUUCCAGAGCCAGGGAGAACCAGGAGACUCCCAAGGAUCCACCUCGAGCCCUAAUUUUGUUUUAAAGCAAACCCAGAUUUUCAAAAACAGACACAUUUUGUUUUUAGGAAAAGUGGAGCUUCAUGGAAAACAGCUAGAGAUCGAGCACUCAGUCCCUAAAAAGCAAAGGAGCCGGAAAAUCCAAAUCCGGAACAUCCCCCCCCAGCUGCGAUGGGAGGUUCUGGAUGGUUUGCUGGCCCAGUACGGCACCGUGGAGAACUGCGAGCAAGUGAACACGGACAGUGAGACCGCCGUGGUCAACGUCACCUACGCCAACCGGGAGCAGACCAGGCAGGCCAUCAUGAAGCUGAACGGGCACCAGCUGGAGAACCACGCGCUCAAGGUCUCCUACAUCCCGGACGAGCAGUCGGUGCCGGGGCCGGAGAACGGGCGCCGGGGGGGCUUUGGGGCCCGAGGGGCCCCCCGACAGGGCUCCCCCGUCUCCACGGGGGCCCCGGUGAAGCAGCAGCCCGUGGACAUCCCCCUGCGGCUGCUGGUGCCCACCCAGUACGUGGGGGCCAUCAUCGGCAAGGAAGGGGCCACCAUCAGGAACAUCACCAAGCAGACGCAGUCCAAGAUCGACGUGCACCGGAAAGAAAACGCGGGGGCCGCAGAGAAAGCCAUCAGCAUCCACUCCACCCCCGAGGGCUGCUCUGCUGCCUGCAAGAUGAUCCUGGAGAUCAUGCAGAAGGAGGCGAAGGACACCAAGACGGCUGACGAAGUGCCUCUGAAAAUCCUGGCCCACAACAACUUCGUGGGGCGCCUGAUCGGCAAAGAGGGGCGGAACCUGAAGAAGGUGGAGCAGGACACGGAGACCAAAAUCACCAUCUCGUCCUUGCAGGACCUGACCCUGUACAACCCCGAGAGGACCAUCACGGUGAAGGGCUCCAUCGAGAACUGCUGCAAGGCAGAGCAGGAGAUCAUGAAGAAAGUGAGGGAAGCCUACGAGAACGACGUGGCUGCCAUGAGUUUACAAUCCCACCUCAUCCCCGGCCUUAACCUGGCUGCUGUCGGCCUCUUCCCUGCCUCCUCCAACGCGGUGCCUCCACCUCCCAGCAGCGUCUCGGGGGCCGCCCCGUACAGCUCCUUCAUGCCCCCGGAGCAGGAGACAGUGCACGUGUUCAUCCCCGCCCAGGCGGUCGGGGCCAUCAUCGGCAAGAAGGGCCAGCACAUCAAGCAGCUCUCCCGGUUCGCAAGUGCCUCCAUCAAGAUCGCCCCUCCGGAGACGCCGGACUCCAAAGUGCGCAUGGUCGUCAUCACGGGCCCUCCAGAAGCCCAGUUCAAGGCACAGGGCAGGAUUUACGGGAAGCUGAAAGAGGAGAACUUCUUCGGGCCGAAGGAGGAGGUGAAGCUGGAGACGCACAUCCGCGUGCCCGCCUCGGCCGCGGGAAGGGUCAUCGGCAAAGGCGGCAAGACCGUCAACGAGCUGCAGAACCUGACGGCAGCCGAGGUGGUGGUGCCGCGGGACCAGACCCCUGACGAGAACGAGCAGGUCAUCGUGAAGAUCAUCGGGCACUUCUACGCCAGCCAGGCCAGCGACAAGCGGAAGGCGCUGGAGGAGACGAUGGCCCUGAGCACCCAGUCCCUGGCCAGUGUCACCUACCAGGUCAGCAGCCUGGCCACCGCCUUCCUGAGGCUGCUGGACCUGCAGGCGGCCCAGCUGCGCCAGGAGGGGAGGGAUGGGAAAAAUACCUCGGAAGUGUCCCAGCCCUGA